GGGAGGGCAGGGGGAGAGAGGGAGGCAGAGUUAAGCGAGGAGCGCGAGGAAGUGAGCUUGGGUCCGACUUGAGCUCGGGCUUAAGACCGAGACUGGUGGGCCAGGCCCCCAAGCCGGCGUCACACCCCGUCUGAAGAAGAUAGGCAGUCACAUGGCUUCGCCAUUCCUCCCUGCGGGAGCCGCUACGGGCGACAGCGGCGGAGAGCUGAGCUCGGGGGACGACUCCGUGGAUGUGGAAUCCCUCCAGAGCCCGGAGACCGAGGCGUCCAGGAGCCUGACAGAGCUGUUUGAGAAGGCUGCCGCGCAUUUCCGAGGCCUGGUUCAAGGGGCCAGCAGGGAGCAGCUCUUGUACCUGUAUGCCCGGUACAAGCAGGUCAAAGUUGGAAAUUGCAAUACUCCUAAACCAAGCUUCCUUGACUUUGAAGGAAAGCAAAAAUGGGAAGCAUGGAAAGCACUUGGUGAUUCAAGCCCCAGCCGAGCAAUGCAGGAGUAUAUUGCUGUAGUUAAAAAAUUAGAUCCAAGUUGGAAUCCUCAGUCACCAGAGAAGAAAGGAAAAGAAGCAAAUACUGGUUUUGGUGGGCCAGUUGUUAGUUCUCUGUAUCACGAAGAAAUCAUCAGGGAAGAAGACAAAAACAUAUUUGAUUACUGCAGGGAAAACAACAUUGACCAUAUAACCAAAGUCUUCAAAUCAAAAAACGUGGAUGUGAAUAUGAAAGAUGAAGAGGGCAGAGCUCUACUCCAUUGGGCUUGUGAUCGAGGACAUAAGGAACUAGUCACAGUCCUGCUACAACAUAGGGCUGAUAUUAACUGUCAGACAAAAUAGAAGACCUCUUUAUCUCCAGCCUGUCUCUCAGCCAGUAGCUGCAGCAACAUAUAUUUCUUGGACACCCCUCAGACACUUCAAACGCACAGUGUCUAACGCUGAACUUACCAUCUCUCAACAGCCACUGUCCCGCGCCCCCGCUCCCCGUAAUUGGCAUCAGCAUCCAACCAGUGCUCCAGGACUCAUCCUUGAUUCUUCUCAUUUUCACACCCACUGAAGUCCUAUAGGUUCUGCCUGCUAAGUGUACCUCAAAUCUAUCCACUUCUCUAUUUCAGCAUUGCCAGCACACUAGUUUAAGCUUAUUAAAUUAUUUCAGCAGCUCUCAACUAUAUCCCUGCUUCUAAUCUUGACGUCCUUCGAUACAUUUCCCACUUUUCAUCUGGCAAGUCUUUCCAAAAUGCUAAUUUUCAGGGGCUUCCCUGGUGGCGCAGAGGUUGAGAAUCCGCCUGCCAAUGCAGGGGACACGGGUUCGAGCCCUGGUCUGGGAAGAUCCCACAUGCCACGGAGCAACUGAGCCCGUGCGCCGCAACUACUGAGGCUGCGCUCUAGAGCCCGUGAGCCACAACUACUGAAGCUCGUGCGCCUAGAGCCCGUGCUCCAACUAGAGAAGCCACUGCAAUGAGAAGUCCGCGCACUGCAACAAGACCCAACACAGCCAAAAAUAAAUAAAUUAAAUAAAUAAAUUAGGGAAAAAAAAUAAAAUGCUAAUUUUCAAAUGUUCUCUUCUUUACUUUUCUUAUUCUAAGAUAAAAUCUAAAUUUAAUUUGCCCUGUAAAACCCUUCAUGAUCUGGAC